AUGCCGCCCAGUCGACGAACGCCUGCCGUAGCACUACCCACUGCCUCGAGCGCAUACGCCACAGCAAGUACGCUCGCACCCGAUGCGUCGAGCCCAUCGACGCGAGCCCCAUUCGGUUCUAUUCGCGGAGCUCGCGAUCAGGAUCAGGAUCAGGAUCAGGGAUCACAUAUCAAACCAGGACUUCAUCAUGCAUCACGACCGCUCCCGUGUCCUGAUCUCUCAGCGUCCGAGCAUGCAUACGCAGGCACACAGUACUGUAGGGCCGCACUCGACCAGUACCCAACUCCAUCCGGGCCAGGGCCGCACGCAUGCAAUACCGCGGGUCGCUGGCACCGCGCUGCACUGCACUGCACCGCCCACCUCAGGGACGCAGAGAUCUCUAGCAUGGAGAUUGCAUCACGCCACGAGAGCGGCACCUUCAUGCACGUUGUCGACGAUCGUUGGCGCUGCAUAAACACAGUAGACCAGGAGCUAGCGGUGGCUACAGCGACAACGCGAUGCCGAAUCAACGAUCAGCAGGGUGUACAGUGCGGGCGCGGAGCAGAAAUAGCCCGCGACGCGAGGUUCGACGCGGGUCUCGAUAGGCCCGAUGGUAUCAGAGUGGGCGACCGAGCGAGGGUCGAGGGCGGGGCGGAGCUGGUCUAUGGCAGCCUCGGAAAGCUCCAGACGCCCCAGACGACAGCGCACUGA